GUGUUCUUCACACGCUCCGAUCGCUGUCAUUCCCCUCGAUUGCUCCAUUACGGAUGCCGCUAGAGUUUUGUUUCACCUCGCCGACCUCGCCUCCCUUGUCCGACGAACAUUUGCCUCGCAGCCCCUCUUCGUUCGCUCAGGACAAUGCUGGCCCUGUCGAGACGGAACGAGGAGAGCGAGAAUGGUGGUCUCAUCGGUUUAAGCAAGUUGUGAACGAGUUUUUGCGGGAUCGGGGUUACCGACCGGACAUUGUGGAAAUCCAGGCAGGCCCAACAGGCACGCUUGCCCAAAGAAAGGAGAAGCCCGAUCGGCGAAAAAAGAUGUCGACCGUGCACCAAGGUGUACCUGCUCCCCUUACACUGGUGACUGCAUCUGCGGUGAAUACAAAGCACUCUGAGAAAGGACGCGUCGCUGUUCCCGAGAACCAAGGUGGGAUCAUGAGGUUGCUUGGCCGUAGGGGUGCUUAGAUCAACGGGCUUGCGCGAGAGACUCAAUUCUUUUGUUCAGUUUCAGUUCACAUACCAAAUACCCGUUGAUUCUUAGAUAUGUACAACAAUAAAUUAU